AUGGAAGUGGAUAGUAACGUUGACGCAAAUAAUGUAACUUCCGGACCAGGGUCUGUAUCAGUACUUCUGCAUCCACUUGUUAUUCUAAAUAUUUCGGAGCAUUGGACGCGUAACAAAGUGAAGGAAAAUUCAACUGCUGUUACAGUCUAUGGAGCUUUGCUUGGUAAACAAGAAAGUCACCAUAUUGAAAUUUCUAAUUCAUUUGAGUUACUACUAGAUGAGCCCCAUCUAACCGUCAACUCUGAAUUUUAUACUACUCGAGAAUCCCAGUGUAAACAAGUUUAUCCUGACCUAGAUAUAGUUGGAUGGUAUACUACCGGUGGACCUAUCGAUGAAAAAGAUGAAAUGCUCAACAGACAAAUGCAAGAACUUAAUGAGUCACUCCUCAUAUUAAAAUUAGAUCCCCUUCAAACAUGUGGAGAGAAUCUACCUAUCCGAGUAUAUGAAUCAGUGGUGGACAAUGAUGGGAGAGUUCACUUUAGACAGGUAUUGUAUACUUUGGCAACUGAUGAAGCAGAACGUAUUGGUGUAGACCAUGUUGCACGUAUUUCAAUGUCAUCCACUGGUCAAGCAUCAUCUAUGACCGCUGAACAUCUUCUAGGAAACUAUCAAGCUAUUCAAAUGUUAAGCAGUCGCUUGCAACUAAUUAGAGCCUAUGUGGCUGCUGUAGCAGCAGGAGAAUUACCACAGAAUAGAGCGAGACUGAGAGAAAUUAAUGCUUUAGUCAAACGAAUCCCACUUAUGCGUUCAACUUCAUCUACUGAACAAAAUGAUCACUUAUAUCGUCAAGCCAAUGAUGUUUGUCUAACAGCACUGCUCGCUAGCAUAACCCAAGGGCUACAUACGCUUUAUGGAUGUAUGUCUAAGACAGCGCAUGUUGUAGACCGUCGAACUAUAAUGUUAAAUGUAUCAAGUGCAGCUAUCAGUUCAUGUCCAAGUCGUCUUACCAAAGCUGCGCAUGUAAUAGGAAAUUCUAACUAGAAAGAAGAGGAAAAUAUUCAACAUGUGACUGUUAUCAAUAGAGUAAUUAACCUGUACAUGAUAAAUUCAAGUUUUUUUUAUUGAUUCACAAUACUAAGAUAUCGUUUAUAUUAAAUUAUACUUUUUCUUGUACCUCCAACUGUAUAUGAUCAUAUUAUAUGAUGAAAGGAUUUCUUCACUUUUUCCAUCACUAAAACAAGUUAAUACUGUUGUUGUCAACUGCAGGCUUCCCCAAUUAUUUUAAAAGAAAUAUGAUUACUAGGCGUUUCUCUUCAAGGAAUGAAUUCGUGAAAGAUCGACACUAUUCCUAAACUUCUUCUCCUAGUAUAUGUUUGAUAUUUUUUAUUAACGCAUCGAAUUUAUCCUCUCUUGAGAUACUCUUUCAAUUAUAUACGAUGUUACUUAUUGAGUUGCAUUUCAAGCACGAUUGUUUUUUUUUAAACCCAUAAUCACAUCAAGACAGACGACCACUGGCAUACAUUUUAAAUUGGUGAAAAAUGAAUACUUUUAAGCAUAGUAAAAUCCUUUCUUAUUUAUACUGGUUUUAUUCAUUUAGAUGGAUGAACACAUC